UGUCCAUAUAAACCGGGAGACGUCCGGCGUCCUCGUCAGUUCUCCGCAAGGAAAGACAACAGAAAGAUGAGGGCCGGUGGACUGGCCUGUGCUUUGCUUCUCCUCGCCUCUGGGGCAUCCAACGCCCUGCCCCAGUACGGCGGCGCGGGCCUUCAGCAGCAGCAGCAGGAGGGCCAGGUGGGUCAGCAGCAGCAGCAGCAGGAGGAGGGGGGGUUCUGGUGGCAGGAUAAGGGCGUCUUUGAGAGUCAGGGCGCCGUCGUAGGAGGGACGUCAGGCACCGCGGAAGGAUUCACGCCGACGCAGUCCAGCGACUGUGCCCUGGGACAUGGGUGCGUGCCGUGGCAAUACUGCCUCAACGGGGAGUACAAGUUCAACCCGAGUGUCAACCUCGACGUCCGCUCACCAGCCAAGGUUCCCGAACACGUAUCUCAAAAAUUAUGCGGACAAAUCGGCAACGUCUGCUGCCCCAUUCCCGAAGACAUCCUCCUGCAGCAGCAGCUGGCACAGGCGGGCGUAGGAGGUGGUGUCGUUGCUGGGGUUCCCGGCGCUGGGGUCCACGCGGAGCAGACUAGUGUUGGCGGCGGCGGCGCUGGCGGCUAUGGGGGCUCCGGAGGCAUCAUCAGUGGUACAGUGAGCGGAGGGGGCGUCGUCAGCGGCGGACUUGAGCAGAGCAGCAGCGGCGGGCAUGGACAGGCCAGCAGCGGCGGGCAUGGACAGGCCAGCAGCGGCGGGCAUGGACAGACCAGCGGUGGUCUCUCGAGCCAGUGUCGGGUUGGAUUCGACUGCGUGCCCUCAUACCAGUGCGACGGCGGCGUCAUCAACACCUCCGGAGUUGGCCUCAUCAACAUUCGCACCAAAGUGCAAAAGUGCGCCAACCCCGAGUACCCGACCGUGGAAGCCGUCUGCUGCAAGAUCCCCGGCGCCAGCGAGCCCACCAUCCUCGCGUGCCCCGCCCCCGAGGAGUGCGUGCCCUACGGACAGUGCAAGGAAGACGGCACCAUCAACACGGACGGCACGGGACUCAUUGACGUUAGGAUCAAUACGCCGUGCCACCUGGACAGCGUGAACUACGAGAAGGGCGUGUGCUGCCUCCCGCCGCGCCCGGAGCCGCUUGCCACGUGCCCCAAUGGCCUCGUGUGCGAGCUCGAGGGCCAGUGCGCGACGCCUGGCGCCCUCGCCGCUGAUGGGGCGUACACGUCGUGCUACACUGGCUCCGGCGCGACUGGCAUCUGCUGCGAGCCGCCCCAGCCCCUCGACGCGUGCCCUGGGGACUUCCUGUGCAAGGCCGUGGCUCUGUGCAGCUCCCCGGCCACCAUCGACGGGUCAUACGCGGAAUGUUACAUUCAGGGCGGAUCCGGAAGCAUAGGUGUCUGCUGCGAACCCCCCGCCCCUCUGCUGACGUGCCCCGGGGAACUCGAGUGCAAGUUGCAAGAGCAUUGCGACGCACCGGGAGCUCUCAACGUCGAUGGAUCCUACACGACAUGCUAUGUGGGAGGCGGAACUGAUGUAGGAAUCUGCUGUGAGCCUCCCGUCCCCCUGCAGACCUGCCCCGGGGGCCAGCAGUGCAAGUUGCAAGGCCAGUGCAAUUCCCCGGGCGCCCUCAAUGCCGAUGGGUCAUACACGACGUGCUACGUAGGCGGCGCAGUAAGCGACGUGGGCAUCUGCUGUGAGCCUCCUCCCCCCGUCGACGUGUGCCCGGGAGGCCGGAGCUGCGUCGACCAGUGCAGCGACCCCGCCGCCGCCAAUGCCGAUGGAUCGUAUACUCUCUGCAACAAGCCUGACGGCAGCGGCGUCGGAGCCUGCUGCGAGCUGGCCAAGAUUGUGGACGUGUGCCCUGCGGACUCCGUCUGCCUCCCGGAGGUACUGUGCCAGGGCGAGUUCCUCAAUCAGGAUGAGGUGUUCGUCUCCUACGCCACUGGGGUCACCUGGUCCAAGUGUCCCCUCAGCGGCAACCUCAACACACCCGGCAUAUGCUGCAGGACCCCGAAGCCUGUUACGUACCCGACGGCGGACACGUGCGGCGUGAGGAACUACGCGCUGGACACGCGCAUCAAAAGCCCCCUGGCGAAGAACGAGGCGGUGUUCGGUGAGUUCCCGUGGCAGGCCAUCAUCUUCUUCACCAACUACACGUACAAGUGCGGGGCGUCGCUGGUCGACGAGCGGCACCUGAUCACGGGGGCGCACUGCGUUGCUGGCUUGAGGCCCGACCAGAUCCAGGUGCGGCUGGGCGAGUGGCAGGUCAACACGUACGACGAGCCGCUCAAGUACGUAGACGCGUCCGUGGCCGAGAUCGCCUUGCACCCCGACUUCAAGGGCGGCUCCCUUCACAACGACAUCGCCCUCAUCACCCUCGCCGCCCCCGUCGAGUUCCAGUUCCACAUCAACAGCGUUUGUGUCCCCGACGAGCAGCAGGUCUUCGGCGACACCCACUGCUUCGCCACGGGCUGGGGCAAGGACGCCUUCAACGGCUCCUACCAGGUGAUCCUGAAGCAGGUCGACCUUCCCCUGGUGGACAACUACGCCUGCCAGGAGAAGCUUCGGAAGACACGCCUCGGAAAGUACUUCAUUCUAGACAAGUCCUUCGUCUGCGCCGGCGGGGAGGAGGGCAAGGACGCCUGCACAGGAGAUGGAGGCGGCCCCCUUGUGUGCAAGGACGCCACCAGCGGCCUUUACUUCCUGAAAGGCAUCACCGCCUGGGGCAUUUCCUGCGGCGAGAAGGACGUGCCCGGCGUCUACGCCGACGUGCAGUACCUCCGGCCGUGGCUGAACUCCGUGUGGGGCCAGACGGCGCAGCAGGUGUCUGGCUAUGGGAAGUAGGAGGCACAGAGAGCCUCGCACGUAGCGCUGUAGCAAAGCACUUCACCUUCUUAGUGUUAAGAGACGCAUUUCCGUUACACUUGAAAUGUAAGCUGUGAUAUGAUAUUUUUUUUCUAAUAAACAAAAGGGUUGUAUAA